GCUAACAUUUCAGACUUUACCUCUGCACAGAGAGUCGUGUCUGCGUGCUGCAGUCCUGCUAGCUAACAACACACAAAGCCUGAACUUUUAGAAGCGUCAAUCCGACUCGGUGAUAUAGCAAACUGCAGCCUCCAUUUUAACGGAGUACCGCUAAAGGCGACAGAACACUCUCUUCAUUUUAAUCUACGCAAACUCAAAACUCCACAGCAACCAUGUUUGAGGCUCGCCUGGUCCAAGGAUCCAUCCUGAAGAAGGUGCUGGAGGCUCUGAAGGAUCUGAUCACAGAAGCCUGCUGGGAUGUAAGCUCGUCUGGCAUCUCCCUGCAGAGCAUGGACUCCUCUCACGUCUCCCUGGUCCAGCUCACCCUGAGGCACGACGGCUUCGACUCUUACCGCUGCGACAGAAACCUCGCCAUGGGAGUCAACCUCAGCAGUAUGUCAAAAAUCCUGAAGUGUGCAGGAAAUGAAGACAUCAUCACCCUCAGAGCAGAAGACAACGCAGACACACUCGCUCUUGUAUUUGAGACGCUCAACCAAGAGAAAGUGUCUGACUAUGAGAUGAAACUGAUGGACCUGGACGUGGAGCAGCUGGGUAUUCCAGAGCAGGAGUACAGCUGCGUGGUGAAGAUGCCCUCUGGGGAGUUUGCCCGUAUCUGCCGUGACCUGUCCCAGAUCGGUGAUGCUGUAAUGAUCUCCUGUGCCAAGGACGGAGUCAAGUUCUCUGCCACAGGAGAGCUGGGCACAGGAAACGUCAAACUGUCCCAGACCAGCAACGUAGACAAAGAGGACGAAGCAGUCACUAUUGAGAUGAAUGAACCUGUCCAGCUGAUCUUUGCCCUCAACUACCUGAACUUCUUCACCAAGGCCACGCCGCUGUCCAAGACCGUCACCCUCAGCAUGUCCGCGGACAUCCCCCUCGUGGUGGAGUACAAGAUUGCUGAUAUGGGACAUAUCAAAUACUACUUGGCACCAAAGAUCGAUGAAGAGGCUUCUUAAGUUGUUUACAACAGCUCAAGAGGGGGGAAACGGAGAAAAGCAGGCGACUGGGACUUGUCCUGAGUGACCGAAGGGCUGAAGUGAUCUCACGGUGGUCGAUGAUCACCGUCUGAGUUCUCUGAUGUCCUCCUGUCUUAUGAGAUUCACAGUGGGAGGUGUUGUGUCAACCUUUCAUUUCAGCAGUCAGCCAUAUGAAUGAUGCCAUCUGUGUGAUGUGAUAAAGCUUCAGGUGCUUUGCCUCUGAAGAGAUGUUCAGAGCGGCUGGCUGUGGUCCAAACGGCCCCGGCGUAAGAUUCAGCACUUGUUCACUCCCACUGUCUGUCCUUUUCUCUCGCGCUCUCUGGUUCUGUCCAUUCUGGGAAAGCAGAUUUCAACUGUCCUGUUCCUGCUUGUAGAUAACACAUUUGUAAAUACGUCCUGUGGUCAACCAACUCCCAAUGUUUUUGUAUUCAUUGAUUAUUCAUUCCAAAAUAAAUGAUUAAAGUUGUUUCCAAUAUCA